ACAAAAUAACGGUCCCUUUUAGGGAUACGUCAACCAGUGGAAUCAGGAUGCGUGCGUCUAGCUUGUAUGCUAAUGAGCAAGACGUCUGGUGUGGAGCAUCAAGGUUUGAAGGAGGCUGGGCGAAACGGGUGGAGGAAGAGCGGCUGAAUAAGGUAAUCCAGGGAAUUCUCCAGAACGAGGCUGAUUGAAGAGAAGAUGGUGAGAAGCCGAAGCAGGUCACCCAGAAGAGACAGGCGGCGCUCUGGCUCCCGGGAGAGGGAUCGCCGGAGGUCGAGAUCAGCGUCCAGGGAGAGGGAGAGACGACGGCGUGCAGAGGGGCGCAGACGUACCAGAUCUAGAUCACGAUCCCCAGUCCGACGACGCAGAUCAAGGUCCCGGUCUCCACGGCGGCGAUCAAGGUCAGGGUCACCCCACAGACGGAGAAGUUCAGGAUCUCCCAGUACCAGUCGUAGCAGGUCCAAGCGCGGGAGCAGUCCGCCUGUUAGGAAGGAGAUUGAUCCCUCCAAACUGGAGGGGAAGACAGAAGAUGAGAUUGAGAUGAUGAAAAUGAUGGGAUUCUGUGACUUUGACUCCACAAAGGGAAAGCAAAAGAAGGACACGCAAACCAAAGCUGGUGCCGCCAACAUCCUGCAAAAAAGGAGAUAUCGGCAAUACAUGAACCGCAGGGGUGGCUUCAACCGACCACUGGAUUCCAUUGCUUGAAGGGGACAGUUAAUAUAUGACAUGGGAGGAGCCAUUAGGCUUAGAUAUCAAUGAUUCAUUUGUGACCAUUUUUAGGAUUUCCAUGAAGUAGGGAUAGAAUACUCCAGAUAGAAGAGAAGUUAAAUGUGGGGACAGUUCAGAGAAGUUGCAACAGGGUUAGCAAUGAGAGGGACAGUCCAUAUAUAUACAUAUAUAUUCCUUCUGUAAGUGCUUGGGAGUGUCAAUUCUCUAAACAUUUCUCAGUGCUUAUCAAAGAUGUAAGUCAGUAUGGUAAAUUUAUGGACACUGAAUUUUAUGUUAAAAAGACAUGUCCUGCCUUAAUUGAACAAUGUAUCUUUCAAUGAUAUGUUGGAUAUUCAGUUCUGUUUAAUCACUUAUAUUUAGCAACUUCCCUUGGGGCAUUGAAAGUUAUGAAUUACUCCUCCUCAAUAAGCUUUGAUUUUUUCAUUUGAAUAGUACAAAAGUACAGAAGUCAGGAAUAUUCUCUCCCCUAUUCUGUCAUUCUAAUCAUAACAUAUGCUCUUAUAUCAUAGUGGCUUAGUAGGGAGAAUCUUUCUAACUGCCAUUUUGAACUAUAGUAUAUAGAUGGAAUGAUCAAUAACCAGGACUAGGGAAGUAGAAAGAAUGUAACAAGUUAGAAGUAGCCAAAGUACUUGUUGUUGACCUUCCUGUCUUUGUACUUGUUUUCACCAAUAAACGUUUUGCACAAGUCAGUG